AUGAAGUAUAUUAUUGGGUUAAUUUAGUUAGAAAGAUUAUAAGGAGAAUGAAUAAACUAAAAUCAGAAUAAUGCUAUCAACUAUUGAAUAGAUUCAAAUAAACCUAGUAUUAUAAUAAUCAAGAAUUAAAUUUGAAGCUAAUUUAGGAACAUCCCUUAGAGCAGCAAGUCAAACUUUGAUAAGAUAAUAUUUAAAUGAAUUCUUAAUUAGUUAAACUAAUUAACAAGAAUUAGUACUUGGAAUGAAAGAAUGUGUAAGAUUAAAAAUUUAAUUUUAUGAAAUACUAGAUUCAGAUUCUGGAUUUACUUUUUCUCAACUUUUUAAAAAAGUUAAGGAAACUUCAAAAUAUUUAUUGAAGAUUGAAAAAUAAUUUAAUUUUCUAUUUAAUUUAAGUCCAGAUUUAUAAUUAUAAUAAGCUUUCUGUUUUUUUGAAGCAUAAAUUAUGAACAAUCUGCUUGCUGCAUUUAAUAUAAAAUAAUCAGAAGUAAACUUAAAGGAAAAUUAAAUAAAAUAUAGAGGUAUAAAGGGUUUAAAUUUAUCUGCGGAAGUCAAUUCAUAUAUUAUUUUAUCAGUAGAUGAAAAUUUUAGAACUUUUAAUAUAGUUUAAACAUCUUAAAAUUUCUUUAAAUUAUUUGGAAUAUAUUUUGAUUUGACAACUUAUUGCUUUAAUGAUAUUAUUCCUUAAUUUUAUAGUAAAUACCAUGAGAAUUCUGUUUAGAAUUUUUUUCAUUCAGGAUAGAAUAAGUUUUAUAGAAAUUUUAAUUAUACCUUUAUAAAGAGUCAUAAUGGAUUGUUACAAUAAGUGAGUUUAUGCAUAGAUAAUACUCAGAUCUUUAAAAUAGAUAAGUUUAUAUUUGUUGGUCUUUUGCAAAGUGUAAAUACAGAACUUCCAAUUUUAAUAGUAGAUGCUUAAACUUAAAUAGCUUACUUUACAAACAAAACUUUAUAAGCAUUUGGUAUAAAUGAAAUUUAAUAAAAAUAAUUUAUAGAGGAUGGUGUAUUACACUAAAUAGGAAUAUUAACUAUUAUUCCUUAUUAUAAUAUGAUGAUAAAGGCUGAAGUUAACACUGAUAUAGUAACAACAUUUUGUUUUUUUCUUAAACCUUAAUAUAAUUAAGAAACAAUGUUAACAUAAUCAAGUGUGAAAAAGGAUUCAAAUUUUUUUAUUUGGAAAAACAAAGAAAAUAUAAAUUGUUUUAGUAUUGAAAUCAAAGUAGAAAAAGUAACACUUUAACUUGCUUGUUACUAUUAAUUAGAAUUUAUUUCAUUGAAAUAAAUUUUAAGUAAUGAUGAGAGAAAGAAAGUGCUUGAAUUUUAUAAGCCUUGUUUAGGAGAUAGCACAACUAGUAAAGGAUCAAAAUGGAAAGGAAAACAUCUUAAGAUUCUGAGUGUAUUAUCAUUUAGAUAAGAAAGAAAAAAAAACACUCUAAAGUUAUAAGAGUCAAAUUUGAAAUAAAGUAUUAUAAUAAAUUAGAAUUAAGGAUAAUCAAAAAACUUAAAUUAAUCCUCAUUUAUAUAAUAAAAUUAAAGUUAAUCAAAUUUAUUAAGUAGUAAAGCAAGAAAUGAAUAAGAAUUUUAUAAAUCAUUUAAUAAAUCAUUUGUUGAAAGUGAUAUUUAAAAUAGUUAGUUGGAAAAAGAAGAGCAUUCACCAGAAAGAAGAAAGAAUAAAGAAGGAAAAAAUUCAAGAGUAAAUAAUCAAUAAUUAGAAAGGAUAGGACAGUAAUCAUCUAGUGUUGCAGGAUUUUAUAGACCAUUUUUUUAUAAUAGAUAUUAUUUAUUAUAAAAAAUGAGUGGAAAAAAGAAUCCAAAGAAAAUAGACUCCUUUUUAUUUUUCUUUAUAGGAUAAAGUUUAAUUUUUUUUAUAUUUUCUUGCUUAGUUAUGAUUAAUAUGACAACUGAUAUGACACUUAUUAUUGAUAAUAUUGAAAUGGGAUCAUUACAUGCAAGUAUUAUGGGACCACAUGAUUUAUUUUUUUCAAUGAGAAUUACAGUAUCUUCUUAUUAAUAGAUGUAUAGAGAAGGUUUUUUAAAUCAAAAUUAAAUAGUCUAAUUAACAGAUCCUUUUUAUGUAAAUAUACGAUAAGGAUAUUUGGAAUUGAAAGAUAGCUUCUAUAAAUAAUUAAGAAAUGUAUAUUUGUAAGAAUUCUUUUCUGAUAUUGUUUUAAAUUUAAGAUUUAUGGAUGAAAAUGAAAAAGAAUUAUACAAUAUGUCAACAAGUUUUAGAGAAUCUCUUUUAACUAUUUUAUAGUAUUAAUAUGAUCAUAUGAGAACUAUUGAAUAGAGAUAAAGUACAUCUGGUAAACCAUGCUAAAUAUUUUUGAUGGCUAAUUAUUUUCUUUUGCAUGAAAAUGUAGAACUUAUAACUCAAGAAAUAUAAGAAUGGCUUAUAUAUACAAAAGAUACUAUUGAUGAUAAAGGUAUGAUAUUUUGGGUUAUACUUUAAUUAUUAUUGAUAAUUUUUGGUUUGAUUGGACUAUUUAACUUUAAUUUAUACAUUAAGUAUUAUGAUCAAUUUUUAUUAAUAUUUAAUGAAUUUAAUAAAUAAUUAAUUUAUGACUAAUUAAAUAGAUACGAUUUAAUAUAUUAAUAAUUGUAAUAAAAUUCAGAUGAUAUACUAAGAUAUAAUUUUGAUUUAGAAUUAUAUGAACAUGAAAAAACUUAAUCUUAAUAUGGUAGAGGUAAAGUUCAUCAUUUUAAGUUACUAAAUAGAAAUAGAUAACAAUUAUCAAGAUUUCAUGUUUAUUCAUUAAUCAUUUUUAUUACUGUAGUUUAUUUAAUUUAUACAAGUGUAAUUUAUUAUAAAUAAGAAACAUUUUUAUCAAAAUAUAAUGACACUAUAAAAUUGUAUAAAAUAAUUCAAGAUCUUAAAUUAAAGAGUGGAAGUAUUUAUUUAUUUAAAGAAAUCAGUCUUAGAUGGGAUAAUUUCACUUUUUUAACUUAAGGUGAAAGAGAUAUUUUAUAUUAGUACAUAGACUAAUCACAUAAAAUAAUUGCUUAAUAUGUACUUUUAUCUUCAACUUUUGAUUCAUCAUAAUAUUUAGUGGGGAACAAAUUUACUGAUAAUUUUUUAGAUAUCUAAUAAAAUAAUAUUUGCCUAGAAAUGUUAAAUGUAAAAUUAUAUAUUAUAUUCAGUAAUUGGAAGAAUAUAUGCUAUUUUAUUGUGAUAAGUCUUUCGAAGGUACAUUAACAAAAGGGUUAAUUUAAACUCUAAAUUAUAUUUCUAACUCAAUAAGAAUGUAAUAGUAGAUUAAUAACUUCACCAAAAGAGUUGAAAUUCAAUUAUAUGAAUAAGAAGGAUCAUAGAUAAUCACUCGAUCAUUUUUUAAUUUAUCUAAUUUAUUUUUGCAAAGUGUAAAAGACAUUUGCAAUGAAUUAAAUAAUUUUUUAAUUGUAAGAUUGUUAAUUAUAAUUAGUAUUUCUCUCUAAUUUAUAUGCUCGUAUCUGCUUUUCUAAUUAUUUUCAUUAAGUAACUAUAUAGAUAAUAUUUAAUAAAUGAAUACCACUAAAUCAGAUAGUCCUUAUUUUUGAUACCUAAAGAGUCAAUUCUAUAUGACGAAUCUUUGGAAAGAUAUCUCAGAGAAAUAGCACUUCAUUAAGGUUUAAUUUGA